AUGGAUGCGAUAGAUAUCGCCUCCGAAAGAAAAAGAGGACGACAGACGUACACAAGGUAUCAAACGCUCGAAUUGGAAAAAGAAUUUCACUUCAACAGGUAUCUGACGAGGAGAAGAAGAAUCGAAAUUGCCCACGCUUUAUGUCUGACGGAAAGACAAAUCAAAAUAUGGUUCCAAAAUCGGCGGAUGAAAUGGAAGAAAGAAAAUAAAUCGAAAGGAGAACCCGGUUCGGGAGAUGGGGACUCCGAAAUAAGCCCUCAAACGUCUCCCCAAGGGGCUCUUUAA